AAAUUUUAUUGCAUUCCUGCUCUGGUCGGCUGUUCGUUGUUUUGUGCCUUCUGCUAUAAGUGUGAGUGUACUCCGCGGUCGCAUCCCGCAACGGUGUUUGUAUUCACACCGCUGCUGGCGAAAAAACGAGAGAGAAUCCGCGAGCUUCUUUUUUGACAGUCGAUUAUUAUGGUUUCAAUAAUACGAAUCUGAUCAGAAAACAACACGCGCAGUUCGGAACAAGUGAGGCUCGCUUUUUUUUUUGUUCACUUUGUGCAAAGAGGCUGAACAAGAGAAAGGAAACAAAUUUCGAUUAAAAGUGGUACAGCCUCUUCGGACCAAGUACGUGAUUACAUUCAAUAGUUGCCUAUUUCGAAGCUAUCAAUGACUGGUGCUGCGUGGAUCAAUGAAUCCCCCGUUUUGUAUUUCUUUUCAAUAGCUAUCGGUAGAUACGAGCGUUAUGAUAGUGACUGGGUCGGGGAAGUCGGCUGUAUGGCUGGAUCGUAUGAUCUAGCAAAGAAGUGAAGUGUUUUCAUUUUCGUUGCCUUUUCGGAUCAAAUUCCGCAUUUGUCUGAUGCAAAUUGUGAUCGAGAAAGUGAUAGUAGUACAUAUAACCUUUUGCUACAGAAAUUUACUGCGAAUGUGAGACUGAAAAAGUAAGUGUAGUGCAUGAACAGAAAAAAAAUUGAAAAAUUGCCUUAGGUAAAAGAUUCAGCACAUGGAAGGAGAGAUGAUUUGGUGAAGUUUAUUGAUUUCUGUGUCGUUCUCUUUCGUGGAAACCUGUUUCUCCGUCAUAGUGAAUCGUCAUAGCCGUGUGUGCUGCUUUUGCUGCAUCGGAAUGCUGCCGUGCUAAUCGAGAUCCAAAACUAAAAACGUUUGCUGCUGGUACCAGAAUAGGGAUGAAAGGUGCGAAGUCGUAAAGGAUCUAACUGUAAAGAAAUAAGAUUAAAAAAAAAUUGCUUGAUUAUAAAAGCUCAACUAUGCAGACAAGCUUCCGGCAAACGGUAAGCACUACCACUCGAUUGUACUCCGAUUCAAGUUCCCGCUAAGCCGAUUUGCUACAGAUGUUGAUAGAAACUAUCGGCUCGUUGGAUCCCCACACUAGCAGCAGCCUCCAGCCACUUGCUGUACAAGAGUCAAGCAGCAGCGAGCAGGGCAACAAAGCAUAAAACCUCUACUAGCUGCUCCUACACUACUAGACUGGCCAGCAGCAGCACUUAUUCUUCAAGCGAAAAGACAUAUACUGUUAAAAGCUUCAUCCGACGAAGUUUUAAGCCAAACUUCAAAGUCGGCAUUAAUUCGACCUACUUGCACCAGCCAUUCCACAACCGCCGGCAGCACACAAUGAUCGCGAUCAGUGAGCCUCUUCACCCACACCGUAGGACCACCGUGAAACCACCGCAUGCAACUAACUCGUUGGAAGUACAGCAGAGGAGAGCGGGAAACACGAAAUCGGCCUGCAGAAUCGUCCGGCAGCGACAGUGCCGCACUUGAAUUGUAACCGCACGCACCUGUUGCUAGUUAAGCGGUCAAAAAACAUAGCCAGUGCCGCGGACGACCAUCGCUCAGCUGUGUUGAUACGAACUGGAGGGCUUAAACAAAAAAAAAAGAGAAAUAAAGACGGAAACUCCGGACGGUGUAGAAAAAGAAAAGGUGCAACAAUUACCCGGCGUUAAUCUGGGGAAAACACUCUCGCGCCCGUUGUGAUUCAGUACCGAUUCAGAGUUCAAGCAGACCGGAGCCUCCGAGCUCGGACGAUUCGGUUUAGAGAGUCGGAGUCCACAAAGACGCGACGCGAAGGUUUUAGUUGAAAUAAGUACGAGAAUGCGAACAAAGACCGCCAGGGAAGAAGCACUGCACCCAGCAUAGUAACCUCGUUUUGCCAAAGUGAAGAUUAUGUAAAUGAUCGGGAGCUGCUUAUUUUUACUCGCUCAUAUUAUUGUAUGUCUUGGCUGGUGAUUCUACCAGCAGACUGGAGAACCUGAAGGCAUCAUAGCAGCUAACGUGCGGGUGCGCAAGUAAACACCGGACGAGCGCAGUACUGACGUCCAGUUUCUGUUGGAUUGGACGGCAGCCCAUUCGCGAGAGUGAGAAAGAGGCAGAGAGCGAGAUACACAACCACUCAGUGGAAAGGGGAGCUUAAUCUUAUCACAAAAUUGCUAGUAGUGCGCGAGAAUCAAACGAUUUCGCAAGUGCUCGACGGUAGCGGGAGUCGGUGAAAUCAGAUUUUUUUUUCAUUCAUAACUCCGCUGUAGCAUCCGACCAUCAUUUGUACCGUCACGAAAUAGUUUGCGUGAACCUACCGAGCCCGGCCACGUGACAACAGGUUUCGAUUUUUUUUGCGUUCAAACUAUUGCCACAGCAACACCGUGUGGCGAGUUGGAUGAACGGCGAACGUCGUGUUUUGCGCAGAUCAGCUGAGCCAGCGUCUGAACCUAUCAACGGCAGAGAAAAUCGCAGUGUUGUGAACUCGUUUGUGGCUGAUUCCAGCGUUAUUAGCAUAAUUUCGCGUAAAUAAUAAUAAAACUCGCAAGUAAGACAACAUUAAAAAUGCUGACUAAACACCAUCCGAGUGCAGUGAACACGGUAGAGGGUGCCCAGUAAGGGACACCUUCUGCUAUACGGUGGUACAGCAGUGCAGUGAUAGAAACAAGCGAAAUUUUCCAUUACAGUGUCGAAAGUGAUCUGCUCGAUCGGAAAUAUGCCACUCAGUGAUUUGAAGGAAGAUUAUGGCCUGUGUGCAGAUUGAGCUUAAUCGAAAGUGAUUUGAACAGUGCUCAUUUUGCAAUUGGUGUUUGAAGUGGACAGAUCAGGAGCUCAUGCGACCCUGAUUUUGUGAAACCGGCUGACAAGAUGUACUGGUUACGGUCGAAGAAGUUAAAGGAGCGGUUGGCGCUUGGUUUUGGCGCCUCGCUUGUCCUGUUCACAAUUCUGCUCGUGAUUGAUCUGCAGAUGGACCUUGGUGUAUCCCGGGGCGAAUUCAUGCCAUCUCACGGAAGAAUUCGGUUCGCCAGCGAGGAUGACAAAAGUGGUAUCUACAAUGAAUUUCACCGAAAGUUUUUGGCGAAAAGUAAUACUUCUGGUUCGAAAGAAUAUCUAACCACGAACCCACAUACCCGAGGCCGGACGGAUACAUCGGGGGCGGGCCUGCCAGGAAAGCAAAUAACCACCACACCGCCGCACGAUCGGUUCAAGGAUCUGGCCGCCGUGGUUGUGGCGCCCAAAAACCGCCGCAAUCCUCAGUUCUUUGAACGAAUCGUUAUCAAAGAAGACUUCACCGAUGAUGUGAAUCCAACACUGGCAGAAAUGUUGGACUUGCGAGUAAGUUCCAACGCAACCAACCUGGAAAAGUUCCAACUCUCCAUUACCAAAAAUGAGCUGUAUUCCAAGAACGAUCGACUCGUAGACGCUGUGAUAAACGAUAUGGUGACGCUGCCAAUAAAGCAUGUAGUUCAAAAAGAAGGAGGCACGCAAAUCAAACUAAUAAUUGAAUAUCCAAACGAAAUACACGCUCUGUUUAAACCGAUGCGUUUUCCGCGGGAGCAGCAAACACUCCCAAAUCAUUUCUACUUCACUGAUUACGAACGACACAAUGCCGAAAUCGCGGCAUUUCAUCUGGACCGAAUAAUGGGCUUCCGGAGAGCAAUGCCAGUGACUGGCAGAAUUCUGAAUAUCACCACCGAAAUCGAAGCAGUAUGCGACGAAAAUCUACUGAAAACAUUCUUCGUGUCCCCGGCACGCAACAAGUGUUUCCACGGAAAAUGUUCCUACUAUUGUGAUACGUCGCAUGCAAUUUGCGGCAGUCCGGACACGCUGGAAGGAUCAUUUGCUGCCUUCCUGCCGACACAGCCGGACACGCAGCGUAAGGUAUGGCGUCAUCCGUGGCGUCGAUCAUAUCACAAGCGCAGAAAGGCCCAGUGGGAAACCGAUCCGGAUUACUGCGCCAUGGUUCGCGACAUUCCCCCCUACGACGAAGACCGCCGACUGUUGGAUCUGAUGGACAUGUCGGUGUUUGAUUUCCUGACCGGCAAUAUGGACCGGCAUCAUUACGAGACGUUCAAAAUUUUCGGCAACGACACGUUUCCAAUUCAUCUGGAUCACGGUCGCGGCUUUGGUCGACCAUUCCACGAUGAGUUAACCAUUUUGGCGCCAUUGCUUCAAUGCUGCCUGAUUCGUUCUUCGACGCUGGAGACACUUUUGCUAUUGCACAACGGCCCCAAGCCGCUAUCCGAGAGACUGCGGGAAUCGAUGGCUGCCGAUCCCAUCGCGCCUGUUCUAUGGGAACCACACUUGGCCGCGCUAGAUCGGCGGGUAUCCAUUAUACUGCAAGCAAUCCGGGAUUGCGUUAAAAAAGCCUCUGAGGAGGAAGAUUUCGAUGGUGGCCAAAAUCAGCUCGGCAACGGUGACAGCUUCUCCUAGCGUUCCUAUCGUCGGUGGACGACGAAUCGACUCUACCAGAUACUAAUCGAUCAAAACAGAAAAGAUGCAAACUGGAUCGGUCCGUAUAAGAAAGUGUACAUAAUAUAAUCCGCGGGAUGUGAGUGAGCAAUGUGCUGUAUGUGUUUGAGUAAGAGAGCCACACUGAGAGUGAAGGUGAGCGUGUGUACAAGGGAUUAAGGCCGCGAAACAGAAACUGUGCGGAACGGAGGCUAGCCGAUUUCCGUUAGUGGAUGCGGCAUUCAGCAGGUUGUUUAUUGUAGCUCUUUAUUAUUAUCAUAAAAUGAUAGCGGAAUGCAGACGAUGAAACACUGUGUUCUAAAUAUUUCGAUUGAAUGAUUGCGUGAGAGAAAAUCGGUCUCCACUAUGGAAAUUGGUUUGCACGUUGCUGUGUACAGGUGGUCGAAUGGACCGGCUGUAUUGUGAGGCCAAAGUUGUAAAUGAGCGAAAUCCAAAAAAAAGCUAUUACCGAUCCAUUCGCGGAUCUAUAUAUUUACGUUUUAAACGAUAGAGAUGAUAUUAGAUGUUCUUGUUUCCGUUAAGUUUUACCCCCGUAUGAAAUGUGAACCACCCCUUUUUCUUUAUUUUGUUAAUCAUUAAAAGUGAAAAAUAUCUCGAACAAAUUUCGUCUCAUGUAUAGGGAAAAAAAUACAAAAGAUAAUUCCAUCAAUCAUCUUCGUUCUUAAUCGUAAGCCGUACUAAACUGAAUGCCAAAUUUUUUACACGAACAAAAGAGGCAACAAAUACAAAGCCAGUAAAUGCAGCGAACAAAUAAGUUGAUAGCCUUUCAUCAAGGCUCGCGGUUCCAAAAAAAAACAAUGUUUUUAUCCUCGAGUAGAGCGAUCGGACGGAAGUAUCGAUUGCUGACAUCCAUUGGCAGUGUAUUUUUCGGUCCGUUCCCUGUGGUGCUAUAAAAUUCCUGUCGGCAGUAAAAAAAAUAUUCCGCACCUCUCACAGUGCAAAUUUGAUACUUUCCUUACUUGGGUAGAUUGAAAAACAAAAAAAAUAUCAAUAAACAAACAGAAACAGUAAAAUUUUGCUUUAUACAACGCCUCCUGGCGAGCCAAACUGCCGAACCCGGUGACUGAUUGCGACGAAAAUUGGGAUCAUUAAUCAAAUCGGCAUUCAACUGUAUAAAUAUAGACUGUCGCAUCCUUCGUAAAUUAAUUUCUGUUUUUUUUUUAUUGUAUUUUGCGAGUACACAGUUGGAACUGCAGAGAUAAACGAAAGGGAAAACAACAAUAAUUAUAAUUCUUUCAAUUACACUUGUACAACAAUUGGCAAACAGCUGUGAAAAAAGAGGAAAUCGAAUUUGAUAUGCUCUCCCUGCAAUACGUGAUUAUUGAGUGGAACAUGUGUUCUCUGUCAGGAAGUGCAUGCUGUGGGGCAGCGCGAAAGUGUGUUGGGUGAAAUUUUAAUGAACAGUGGAAACCUUUCCGCUUUGCUUACCCAAAACUGUGCGCCAAUCGAUCAAAUCAAGCUUUUCUCCAGGGUUGCUUUUCACCGGAGAGAGAGAGUAGGGAAUUUUUUUUCAGGCGGAGCUGAAAAAUGGGAAUCCACCAAACGAUUAUUGGUUGCGAAUGUUUUUUUUUCUCCGGGUGCGUAGAUUCGUGGACAAUUUAUGCUAAAAACUGUUCUCUCGAUCGUAAGGCUGUUUAUAUCCUGAUACUAUUUAUAAUUUAUUCGAUGAUGGAGUAUAUUGUACUAUAGCAAAGAACAAUUAAAGCGUAAUGUAAGAAAAUUGGACAAAUAAAAAUCAAUACCGUUGUUGUUGUUCACAGUAA